AUGCUGCGAACGUUUCGCAUCCUUCAGGGUUUGUGUACUAAAAAGGGCAGUGUUAUAUCAUCACUGACCACCCGGCAAUCAAUCGUCUGCAUUCAACCCACCAUCAACAGACCCUCAUUCGGUGGGUUGGCACAACAUUGCUCCACAAAAUCGGCACUGACCAGCACAGAACAACCAGCUCGGAAUGAGGAAAAAGCUACGAACUGGAACACAAUUUACCACUUCCCGUCAAUCAUGAUUACCGCCUCCUUGAAGAGGCUAAAAUUUUAUCCGGCGGUUUUCACCGGUAUUUCCGUCCCAAUAUCAAUGGGGAUGGCGUACUUCGACAUUUGGUCAAUGACCACAGCAGAAAUCAUUGGAGCAAUUGGAUUAACCACAACGAUUACAUUUUCACUGUUCGGCUUGAUAACGGAUAAUCUCGUUGGUUUCGUGUACUGUGACGAUCGAUUGAGCAAGGUGAAGAUUUCGUUUCUGGACGCGAAAGGAAAACGACAAAACCGGAUCUAUUCCGUGGAUGAUCUCGUGUCCCGAACUGAACUGCCCAAAUCGUUCUUGAAGCUUUAUUUUCCGGUGAAAAAUCACGAAAACGACGAUGUGUAUAAGCUCGUUCAUCAGUAUGGCGAAAUCUACGACGUACAUGCGUUUAACAAAAUAUUUGGCCAUGAAGUUGUUACCAAGUAG